AUGAAGGCCGUCGUUACCGUCCUCACCACGGCCAUCGCCAUGACAGCCCUGGCCGUUCCUCAUCGAGGGGCACGAGACAGCAACAGCACGAACACAGACACCACCCUCAAGCCAACCCUCAUGCCAACCCUCAUGCCAACUCUCAUGCCAACUCUCAUGCCAACUCUCAUCCCCGUGCCCACCCCGACCACCAAACUCCUCCCACCAGACACAACCCUCGUGCCGACUCUCAGCGGUAAACUCUUACCACCGUCUGCGUCCGCCGGGUCGGUCCAGCUCGAUCCCAUGAACAAGCUCCUCGCCACGCUCGCGCCGGCCCCGAGCCCGAGCUCGAACUCGACGGCCACGAGCAAGACGAGUAAUUCGGAGAAUAAGGAUGGGAAGAAAAAGAUUCAUAUCAUUGGCUCGCUUAUGAACUCGCUCGGCCUUGAUGGUGUCAUGGGAUCGCUGAGUUCAUUAAUGUCUCCAGAGUGA